AUGCCUGAGAAUAUCCAAGAUGCUGCGUAUGCCAUCAUCCUCGUUUUCCCCAUCUUGAGCACGUUAGUGGUCGGCUUGCGAUGUUGGGCCCGAGGCCUGACUCGGCAGUUUGGCUGGGAUGACAGUCUCAUUGUUAUAGCCUGGCUGCUGGCAGUAGGUCAGACGGUGACAAUUUGGAUCUACACUAGAUUAACCUACCAAGGAUACCACAUCUAUGACAUUCCUCCCCAGUCCAUCGAGCAAAAGAUCACCGGCCAAAAGUACAAUCUCGCCAAUCAGCUGUUGUACAACCCUAUCUUGGCCAUUGUGAAGGCCUCUGUGAUUAUAUUCCUUUUUCGUCUCCAGGACCGUCGCCCUGUCGUGCGCUGGAAUCUAUGGGCCUUAACUGCUGUUAACCUGGCAUUGCUCAUCGCCAUCUUCGUGGCCGAUCUGUUCCAGUGCACUCCAUUGCGAUACGUCUAUGAAGCCCCGGCUAUGGAUCUGGCGGCACAGAGAGCCGCAGGGGCGGACAAGAACGGGAUGAAGGAUGGGGUGCCCAUCACAGGAGGGAAAUGCUUCAACCAGAUUGGCUUCUUCUUGGGGUCUGCGGGCCUGACGAUAGUCACAGAUAUCUGGCUGCUGGUGAUUCCUUGCAUCAUCGUUUGGCAGUUGCAGAUGAGCCGGCGAAAGAAACUGGCUAUUCUGGGCGUGCUUUGCUUAGGAGUCAUUGUAACUGCCCUAAGUAUCGCUCGCUUGGCCAUCUACGCGCAGCGAUUCCGGCCCGGUAACCCGGACCCGACGUACAACAUCGGACACACCGUAUCGGGAGUGGAGGUCAAUCUCGCCAUCGUGACGGCUUCGGCCACCGCGCUAAAUUCUUUGUUGACGCAUUUUGCCCCGGGUGUCUGGGGGUCCAGUGCCCAGUAUGCCGGCGCGUCAAACCCAGGCAGCGAAUGGCGCAGAAGGUCGACGACGGCGAGCGGUGUGCGGUCCGGUCGAGCUCGCGACACGUAUCCGCUGAAGAAUGGAUUCCGUCGGGAAAAGCAGGCGAGUGACAGUCAGGAAGAAAUCAUAGUGUACGAUGGGCGGUCCAAUGUCUCCCAUGUCAGUGCCAUUUCGUCCGGGCCACCAACUGCUGUCCAGAGGUGA